AUGCAUCUGAAACUUUUGGGGCUCCCAAAAGCUAAUUUCGUUCCGAGCAAAAAGUAUCUGUCCGUAGAUAUGUCAGCUAAUUUUAUGGUAUGCAUGCGACAUUGCGUGCUUAACAAUGCAUCUAAAGCUCUUGAUGUUCAGAAAAAUCUAGAGCACGAAGAAGAAGAAGAACAUGUAAAAGGAGGAGCUUAUCAAAAGAAGGAGGAGCCAAAUAUCAUGUGGUUGUACAUACUACCGAUUCUCAGCUUGCUGAUGAAUUGCCAGCACUCUAUCGCUUCGCCGGCAAUUAAAAAUCCAUCCAGCUCAGCGGAUCCGUUUUCAACCGCUCUCGAUUCCUUCAAUUCAUUCUGGACAUCAGUGAUACCGAAGAAGCCACUCAGCUCAACUCAACCGAUCUCAAACUUGCUGAACUUUGCCAAUAUAUUCUCGCCUUCCGUCCCUUCGAAGCAGACUGUUCCACGAAGCUCAGUACCACGGUCCUCAUCCAUUAUGAACCUCAGUAAAAAUUUCUGGACUCCUGUGAUUCCAAACCAGCCGAUCGCACCCAGCUCAGCGCCCCCUUUCUCAAGUGCUCUCAACUCCUUCGGAACAUUUUUGAAGUCAUUGAUUCCGAACAAGCCACUCAGCUCAUAUCCACCGAUCUCAACCGCUCUGAACUUGGAAAAAAUCUUCUUGCCUUUAACAGUUUUCUCGCCUUCCAGAAAACAGACAAAUCCACCCAACUCAGCGCCACCUGUCUCAACCGUUUUGGACUCACGCAAAACAUUAUUGAAUCCAGUAACAAAGGAACAACACAUUUUAUACGCAACAUCUGAGAAACCGUCAAUCCUUGAAGAAAAAGAAAUGGUUCAGAAAGAGCAAUCGGAUUUGGAUUUGCAUACCACGAAUCAUUCGCUCCCAACUUCUGCAGACAUCGAGACUCCUGCUCCAACUUUGUCUACGUUUGGCCUUCCCCAAGACAUGAAAGACAAUACGGAUGGAAAAGAAGGAUCUGUCGCAACAUUGUCGCAUUCAAAUUCUGAUAAUCUUAUGAACACAACAAUUCCAGAAUUGUCGGAAUCUUCGAUUCUCGAAGAGAAAGAAAAAUAUGAAGAGGAAAUGCACAAAAACGAGGAAGAACAAGAAAAGACGGAGGAGCACGAAGAAGAGGAAGAAGUUCAGGAAGAACAUUCGUCCACAACGAUUCAGCCGAUCACAAGCACAACCCCAGAUAAUGACCCCAUUUAUGAUGUUUCGAACGUCUGUGAGCCAAACUCGCAAUGCUACGUCUCUCCGAAAAACUGUUCAUCCAGAUGCGAAGUGAUAUACUCCAAGAACCCCUAUGAUAUUUUUUCGUGCUUCGAGACAGCUGCCUAUUGUCUCUAUGGGUGGGAAGGUCAUGUCCUCGAAUAUGACUUUCAUAGAGGUUCAACGGUCAAACCUGUUGGUUGGGACAAGAUGGAUAAUGACAAAUACGUGUGGACUUUCAACAAAACACAACCACCCGUCAAAGUUGGAAAGGGCGACAAAUUACAAUUCCGAAUUGAUCCGGAAAGAGAUGUUGUCGGUGGGCCAUUCCAGGAGUUGUUCUUGAAAAGCAAUGAAUAA